AUGAAUCAACUCUUGUUUGAACGGGCCACCGGUGGCCUCGGUGCCAACACUUUCGCCAAGCUCGAGACCACGCGGCUGUUGCGAUCCUUCCGGCCAGCGCCUCAGUUUCGAUUCGAUGGCGGCGAGAAGGGCGCGGCUGUCGACAAUGGCGAGGGCAGUUCCAGCUCUGCGAAUCCCAGUAACGACCAUAAAUCGAAUAUAUGGGCUCAUCAAGCUGGUGUAAAUGCGCUCGCCCUCGAACGCUUUGAUGGCAGAAUAUUACUCUCUGGGGGCUCAGAUGCGACCAUCAAACUCUGGGAUAUCGAGCAAUGCGGCAACCCAAACAACUCGCAUGUCUAUAAGCCCGUCGCGCAGAUCGCGCGAUCCGACGACAAGACCAAGUCCCAUCGAUUCGGUAUUACGCAUCUGUCCUUCUACCCCUUCGACCCGGCCGCGUUCCUGUCGAGCUCUUAUGACCAGACUUUGAAGCUGUGGGCGACGGACAGCGUGCAGCUGUCAGGCGCGAAUACUCUUGCGUCGUUUGGGCCGAGUAUCAAGAAUGGCCAACUGGCUAACACCCCAAUGUUUACAACGCCUGUGGGUUUGACGCCGCGCAGGAAGGAGCUGCUCUUCUGGCCAAACGACACUGAAAUAUUGGUCAUGGACCUGCAUGAGGGUACCACGGUCUCCCGUCUCCGGGGCGUAGGCGCCAACAUCUCGGGUGUGAGGGCACAGCGCGGGGGUGAGAGAACAGUGAAGAAUCGGGUCACAAGCGUCGUGUGGAGGGGUGCUGGAGGCGCCGGUGGCUCGAGUGGCAUUGUUCCUGGAGCAUCUAAUGUUUCCGGUGGUGUUUAUAGUGGGCACACUGAUGGCCAGAUUCGAGCUUGGGUGCCACAGGUGCGGGGGCUGGACGAAGAAGAUGAAGAUGACACUUCUGAAGUGGCUCAGCAAGAGAGGGUUCAGAAGCGGAAGGCUCUUGACGAUGCCUUCAAGAGUCUCAUGGGCCAAAAGAUCACUUUCAACUGA